UACGUUUGAAUUGAAUUGAAAAUUUGAAUAAAAAAUAAGGUUUAAUUGUCAGAAGAAGUCAUUUAAAAAAGAAUAACAGGAUGAAGAUCUAUCGCUUGUUAAUUAACGAUUAAUAAUGAACCUUGGACAACCCUGACAGUACCUAGAUGACAUAAACUGGUUGUCACCACAACUUUGACAUAAACCAAACUGUUCCUGUCAUUUCCAUUGUUUAAAGAAAAAUGAACGUGCCGCAAGCACCGAUAUCAAUGAACAAAUUGUACAUCGGAAACCUGCCGAUGAACGCCAGCAAAGCGCAGAUCAAGAAGUUGUUCAACAAGCAGAAUUUGUCCUGCACGAAAAUCGUGGUGAAACGUGGAGGAUACGCCUUCGUUGAUUGCCCCAAUCAGUCUGCUGCCGACAAAGCUAUCGACAUGCUCAACGGAUACAACAUGAACGGGUCCAUUUUGAUGGUGGAACCUUCCAUGGGGACAAGCCAGAACGGUUUUAGAGUACCCACGAGUCUCAGCUAUCGCCCGUGGAAGGAACAAGAACGAUAAUUAUGAUAAAUGAGAAACAAACUAAUGUAACUUAAUAACUAAUAAAACAUGUAAUAGUAA